AUGAAACCUACUUUAGCUAGGUUAAAACAGAAUUCAAGUACCUCUGCAUCUAAGUGGUCUUCGAGGAUAUGGUCCGAAGAUGGUGGUUGUCCCUUUGGAACAGUUCCUAUCAAAAAAAUUACUAAAGAAGAUCUUAUAAGACAAAGAAAUAUGCCACCACCAGAAGAUCAUGUUACAUCUGAUCUCGAGUUUACUACGAUUACCAAUGUAUCUUCAAAAGGAUACAUGAUUAACGAUAUAUCUUCACAAGUAUACACGCGUGCAAUAGUUCAAAUUCCAAAAAAUCCACAUAACAAGUUUGGAGGAGCUGGAAUGGCCAGUUGUUUAUGGAAUCCCCUUGUUGAAGGUCAACAACACAGUGCGUGUCGGUUGAAAGUUCAGAAAGGAUCAGACAUCUUACAAGUUGGUUGGAGAGUAGAUCCAACACUAUAUGGCGAUAAUAACACUAGGCUUUUUGUGCAUUUUCAGGCUGGUAAUAAACAUUGUUUCAAUGUACUAUGCUCGGGUUUUGUAUUGGUAAGUAGUGAGAUACCUAUUGAUAUGGUUUUCAAAGAUGUUACACAACAUGGACAAAGCGGUUCAUGGGAAGCUACAAUGUAUAUCGAUCGGGAUGAAGCCAAUGGAAACUGGUGGUUUUUAUUUGAGAAAAGCUAUAAGAAAAUUGGUUUUUGGCCUCAACAAAUCUUCACUGACUUGAGAGGUUUUGCUCAUAACAUUGAGUGGGGAGGCGUCGCGUAUAGCCCACCGGGUGUGCCUAAACCUCCAAUGGGCUCAAGUAUUUUUAUUGUUGGAAACACUGCAGAUGAUGCUUAUUGUAGGAGGCUUAGCGUUUUAAACGCUGAAGGUGCUACAAUAGACGUAGAUGAGACAACAAUACAUGUUGAUGAUCCUCAUUUGUAUCAAGUUUCGGAUAUUCCACAUUUCAGACCUGGAAGGUUUCAACAUUAUGCAUUUUAUGGGGGGCCAGGAGAGACUCAAAAACUCUAAAUGUAACGACAUUAAUUA